CAAGUUUUCGGACUUAGUGCGGCUUUAGUCCCAUCCGCGACUAGGUUGGCCAAUAAACGCUAAUCCCGAUUAACUAUGCAGACUUGAGAAAUGAUUAGAAAUCCAAGGUUCGCCUGCAAGUGGGCCACACGCAGACCUUCCACCAAUAAAUUGCAAGAUGUAAGCGUCUUAUUUGAAGCUAAGAUCAAAGCAAAUGACGUCCCAUCCCCUACCGCAACGUUCAUGUCACAACGACCGAGCACCGAGAAAAUAUUUGCCCUAUAACCAUGACAGAGAAGCGAAGCACCGCACAAUUAGUGGAUCCAAGCUUAUCAAUGAGCCUUCAGCGGAUGCCACAGCAGUCACGGGCAUAUUCCCCCGAUGAGGACUGGACCGGUGUCACCAACCCGGCUGCGCGACGCAGGUUACAAAAUCGGCUGAACCAGAGAGCCUACCGGUUACGCCGACAAGGGCAGGACAAACGAGCAGCGCAGACGGACAGUGCCCAACCUGCGUCCGCUGGUCCCCGCCACCCUACUCUUGUCACGACUACCGCAAAGUCGCCGGCACAGCAUGACUCGAUUACAUGCGGGUUAUCCGAGGUGCAGCAUCUGGAGUGUACCUUUGCCCCUCCAAAUUUACAUGAACUUAUGACCCAGUUCGAGCGGCGAGCCAUGGCACGCUAUGUCGAGGGUUCGCCCAGAACAGACCUUCUCCUCAAUUUGAGUAGAUUAAAUGUUCUACGAGCAGCGUACCAAAACGUCCGUGCAAUUGGCAUGACGGUCGAGUGGAUGUGCCAGGAUAGUACGAUUUCCAUUUUUAGUUUGGCCAGCCCACGAGGUUGUGAGAAUAGCAUUCCUCACAGCUUACAACCAACACUAUUGCAGCGAACCGUGCCGCACCACCCAUGGCUUGAUAUUUUCCCCAUUCCACAGAUGAGGGAUAAUCUCAUCCGUGCAGGGACAGAUUUAGAUGAUGAUGAGUUGUGCCAUGACCUCACGGCAUUCUGGGACACACGUAGUAGCAACGCAACAAUGCUGGUAUGGGGAACACCUUGGGACCCCGAGAACUGGGAGGUCACGGAGGAUUUUGCAAAGAAGUGGCGCUUCUUUCUUCGAGGUUGCCCGGAAAUUCUUCUUUCGACAAAUAAAUGGAGAGUCAGGAGGGGUGAAAAACCGCUCGUUUGGACGAAGGUUUUCAGUAGUGCAUGAGGAUCCCAGGUGGAAGGUGCAUAUUCAUCCGUAUGCAGAGAUUGCAUGUCGUCCUCAUCCAGCUCGAAGUCAAACACAUUCGCAUUCUCUAGAAU